GGCCCAUCAAAUGUAUUGUGUUGUGUUGAAUUAGAUCACUCACCGUCUCUUGAAUCUUGAUUCCUUUACCAAAUCAUAGACAGGAGACAGCAGGAUUCACAAAGCACGCCUGACGUUUCUCCCUUUCCCGCAAGCCCCAAGCUUCCAAGCCAAGCAGCGAGCGUCUCCGUGACCAUGGCUUCAUCGCGACCUCCUCCUCCUCCUCCUCCCCCUAAAUCCUUCGAUCUCGUCGAGAUCACUGUCGUCUCCGCGAAGCACUUGAAGAACGUCAACUGGCGCCACGGCGAUCUCAAGCCCUACGCUGUUGUCUACUUGGACCCCGAGCGCCGUGCAGCCACCAAACCCGAUGAUUCAGGAUCCACGCGCCCCGUCUGGAACGAGAUCCUUUCCCUGCCCCUCCCACCCACUCCCCUCGACGAUCCCUCUCUCAUCCUCACCUUCGAUCUCUUUCACUCCAAGCCCUCCGAGACCCCAAAGCCACUUGUCGGCACCGCCAGAUGCCCCCUCAAAGAUCUCCUCUCUGAACCCGCCGCAGCCCUCGAUGGAUCGCCCUCUCCCAUCAAAACCCUAGAGCUCCGUCGCCCGUCGGGCAGGCCCCAGGGAAAAAUCCGGAUCAAGCUCGCCAUCAAAGACCGCCCUGCUCCUCCCCCUGAGCAUGGUUACCACUUCGGCCCUCCACUGGCUAUUAUUACUCAACCGCCGGGGCAGCUCCUCCUCCCUCCUCCUCCUCAGCCAGCGAGAGACUAUAGCCGAUACUCCCCUCAGCCUCCACCCGCCUCUCCUUACAGCCAUCCUAUUCCUCCUCAGCCCUCUCAGUAUUCCUAUGGGGUCUACUCUGAUCCGUUCGCUGGGUACUAUUCCUCUGGCGCUGGAUAUUAUUCGGCUCCUCCUGCUCCUGCUCCUGCUCCUGCCCCUGCGCCCACCCAGGCUCCUGCUCGUUCCUAUUACGAUCGAGCAGCUGGGUAUGGUGGCCCAUCUGCGCCUCUGGACUAUUCCUCCUCGGGCCCUUCUUCUUAUUAUGAACAAAAGCCUAAAGGUAGCAGACUGGGGAUGGGAACAGGCUUGGCCGUUGGAGCAGCGGCAGGGGCACUGGGUGCUCUGGCGCUUGAAGAAGGUGUCAAGUAUGAGGAGGGGAAGAUUGCAGACAAGGUGGAGACUGAUCUCGCUGCGAGGGAUGAUUACAGCGACUAUCGUGCUGACUAUUGAUAAGGUUUUCUUUCCUCACCACUCUAUAAUCUCCGUGAGUUAGUUUGGUUCUGGAGGAGCUAUGGAUUUCAAAUAAACUGAAAAAGUAAAUGUUUGCCAUUUGAUGUUUCGUUUAUCACCCUCUUUAUGUAAUAUAUUGUUACCCAUGCUGUGCCCCCCUUGAAUUUGUUCUCUAUUUUUUUUUUUUUAUCAAUGAACUCCAAUUUAGUUAUGUUACAACAAUGCAGCUCAUGCUUGUGCAACAUGAUAUUAAGGUUUCUAUCAAGUGUUUCUCAAAA